GCUGGGCUCUGACACCCGCACAGCCAGCGAAGCCCAGCAAAGCCCAGCGAAGCCCAGCUGAGCGCGGCGGAACGAGCCUGAAGCCAUGGAGGGUCGGGUGCAGCUGAUGAAGGCCUUCAUGGCCUGGCCCAUCCGGCGCUCGGCGCGGCGCUGGAAGAACCCCAUCCCCUUUCCCGAGAUGUUUGACGGCGACACGGACCGGCUGCCCGAGUUCAUCGUGCAGACGGGCUCCUACAUGUUCGUGGACGACAAGACCUUCUCCAGCGACGCCCUGAAGGUGACGUUCCUCAUCACCCGCCUCAAGGGCCCGGCCCUGCAGUGGGUCAUCCCCUACAUCGAGAAGGACAGCCCCCUGCUCAGCGAUUACCGGGGCUUCCUGGCCGAGAUGAAGCGGGUGUUCGGCUGGGAGGAGGACGAGGACUUCUAGGCGGCCAGAGCCUGGGGCCCGGGGCGGGUGCUCCGGGGAGGGGGGGCUGCGCGCCGCCAGGGUGGCCACGGGCGCUGUCCGGCCGCGCCUCGGGCCCUGACGCCCUCCCUCCGUCCCCCCCGUCCCUACGUCCGUCCGUCCGUCCGUCCCUCCGUGCCUCCUCGAGUCCAGUGGAGUCCCGUGGAGUCGCCGCGAUCUCGGUGCCGUGCGCGCUCCUGUCCCUCCCGCGUCGCGCCUGCCUUUGUUCCAAGAAUAGCGCUGCUCCAGCCUCCCGCUGCUGUGCGUGGCCCCUGGGCCUCGCUCCGCAGCGCCGCCACCCCGCUGCCGCCCCACCCGCGCUGCCUGCCCAGCCCCUCCCUCCCGUGCACAUCUGGACUCUGUCCUGGCCUCCAGUCAGCCGCCAGCUGGGCUAGGAGAACACAAGGGACACACCCAGCACGCACAGCCUCCUGCCGCUGUCACCUGUCCCCUGCUGCACAGCCACCACCAGACUGCAUCGACCUACCCCAGCGCACCUGGGCUGCCUCUGUCAUCACCACCAUCCAUGGACACCCACCCA